UUCAGUCAGUGUACCGGGGGCUGUCAUCUAACUCAGGUGUGGCUGUAUAGUUGUGUGGUGGUUUUCUUGGGGUUGUUUGUUAUUAUAUUUUACCUAUUUCGCUCAGUGGUAUUCCUAUUUUAUUCGGGGGGGUAAUUCUUCAGUUUUGUUCUUGCUACUCGUGGAUGUUGUUCGUUUUAUGUCGUGUUGCUCCCAAGUUCUCCCAAACUCGGCAAAAGUACCAUCCUUCGACAAGUUCGGGAAACUAAAAAGAAAAAGAAGCACAAAAAAAGCGACACAACAAAAAGAAAUACUCUCUGCCAAGCUGAACCGUACGCCAUUAUAAUCUCAAAACACCUGGAUUGAAGAUCUUUUUGUCUGUCAAAAAUUCGUCUAUAUUUUUCAUUCUUGCCCGGUCUUCUUCUUGGAGCCGGUUUAGAAUCGUUUAGGUCGUAUGUUUAUUAGCUUUGCUGUUGUGUGUCGUGUGUUGGAACGUUAAAACGAAAAGGAAAAAAAAGAAAAUCGACGUGAUCGUUAUCUAUCGAAGAUUCGCUUCACCAACGUUGCUACUGGACUUUAGUUUUUGACCACACUUUUUCACCCCCGUUCGUAAAAAAAACAAAACAAACAAACCUAUUAGCCAACUUAACUCUAACACCAAAAAGAAGAAGAUAAUCUGUGGCUAUGGCGACGACGUACUUGAGCGUGGUUCACCUGGCCACUGCUGGUCUCAAUGGUCCACUGCUCGGUUCUGACGAGGAAGAAAUUGUUCUAAUCUGCCUGGUCGUUGUCAACAUCCAGACCAACCAGGUGGUGACCGUGCAAGACUACUGGGUUAAACCGCGUUCGGCUGAUAUCAACGAGAAUGUCCUUUCUGAACAAGCCAGAGAAGAAAUGGGUCUCUCUGAGGAACUCAUCCGUACCAAAGGCAACUCGCUGGAACAAGUCCUGUCUCAGGUGGACAGUUUUCUGCAGAAAGUGUCGACUGAAGUGGAGCAGAAAACGGCGAGCCAAGCGGCCAACGUCGUGAUCGUGACCGACGGCCAACUCCCUUUACGCCAAUGUUUAUUGCCCGAGACGUGCUCGAAAGGCAUCGCCGAUCCACCGGCCAUUUUUGGCCAUUUUUACGACUUGCGCAAAGAGUUCCGAAAAGGAUUCCCGAACGCGCCUGAAAUCAACUCCAUUCAAGACAUGAUGAACUAUCUGAACUUGGAGCCGGAAGAAACAGCUGGUGUAGUUCAACAGAAUGCCACGAGGAGAGAGGCACAAGACAUGGGACGCAUUCUCCAACGACUUGUGAAAGAAGGUCACAAGUUCGACAAUCCAGAAACGAUCCAUUUGCGAUUGGAACCAGGCAUUUGUUCGAAAGAUGAAGAAGUAGACAGCAACACAGUUGUACGAGCACGUGGUCUACCUUGGCAAUCGUCGGAUCAGGAUAUCGCUCGAUUCUUUCGCGGUCUCAACGUUGCUAGGGGUGGAGUGGCGCUGUGUUUGAGCGCACAAGGAAGGCGGAACGGCGAAGCUCUCGUCAGGUUCGUUUCAUCUGAGCACCGAGACAUGGCUCUCAAACGGCACAAGCAUCACAUCGGACCGCGAUACAUCGAAGUGUACAAAGCAACCGGAGAUGACUUUAUCGAUGUGGCUGGAGGUAGCAACAAUGAAGCGCAAAACUUUUUGUCGAGAAGUGGCCAAGUCAUCGUGCGCAUGCGUGGAUUACCUUAUGACUGCACGGCAAAACAAGUCGUUGAAUUUUUCGAAUCCGGUGGCGAAGACGUUGGCUCUACUGUACUAGACGGAGAUGCCGGUGUUCUUUUCGUGAAAAAACACGAUGGACGAGCUACGGGUGAUGCCUUUGUCAUGUUUGCUACAGAAGAGGAGGGCUCUAAAGCAUUGGCUAAGCAUCGUGACAUAAUCGGCUCCCGCUACAUUGAACUCUUCCGGUCGACAACAGCGGAAGUCCAGCAGGUUUUAAACCGGUCCAUGGAUCCGCGUACUUACGAAACGCAAGCUCCGUUGAUUCCACAGUUGCCACAGAUGCCUCUCCUACCGCAACAGAUGAUCACGUCCGGAACGCGAAAAGAUUGCAUUCGUUUGCGUGGCUUGCCUUAUGAGGCCCAAGUGGAGCACAUCCUCGAAUUCCUCGGCGAACAUGCCAAGAGUAUCGUCUACCAGGGAGUUCACAUGGUCUACAAUGCCCAGGGUCAACCUUCGGGCGAAGCUUUCAUCCAGAUGGAUUCUGAGCAGAGCUCGUUCCAAGCGGCCCAUCAGCGCCAUCACCGCUACAUGGUGUUCGGCAAGAAGCAGCGCUACAUCGAGGUGUUCCAGUGCUCCGGCGAAGACAUGCACGUCGUGUUGACUGGCGGCCUGGCUCUUCCGUCGACUCCUGCCACACCGAAGGCUCUGCUCUCUCCUGGUGGAACGCUGUUGCCUCACCAGUCCUACGGAACGUACCCGUUUGGCCAGCCGCCGCAAAUCAUACCGGCCGUUAGUCCGUUGACUCCACGGCCACAACCUUUUGGAUUUCCUCCCAUCUUCUAUUGGCCUUAUCCUUCGCCGCCCGUCAGCCCAACCAACUACUACGGAACGGCCAAUGGAUCGGCCGCGACCGCCGCAGCCGCUGCCGCCAUGUCAGCCGCCGCUGGAGGAGUGAACAACGGCUCAGGUCUACCUGCUGGUACCUUGGUAAUCAUGCGGGGGCUUCCCUUUACCGCAUCAUGUUCGGACAUUCUUCAAUUCUUCUCUGGCUUCUCCGAGUUGACGCCAGAUUGCAUCCAAAUUCACCGCAACAAUGACGGUCGUCCUUCUGGGGAGGCGGUCGUCAAUUUCCCGAAUAGAGCCGAAGCCGAGAGAGCCAUAGCAGAGAAGAAUCGCCAAAACAUCGGUACGCGUUACAUUGAACUCUUCAUGACAUAAACACCAAACUCUAUACCAGGCGCAUCAUUUAACGAUAAAAGUGGAGAGAAGAGACACUAGCGAAAAGUAAUUCCACCGCCGCCAAUGGAUCAGCACACUCCCCUUGCACCUCGGUCCCUUGAACCAAAUUACUUUCAUUUGACAACUAUUAUCAUCCUCUGUGGAUGUUUCUCAAACGAAUACGUCUUGAAACUAUCGAAGUUUAAUUCACAAAAGUAGAUUUUUUUUUUUUUAAAUUUUUUAUUUACCUGUAAUUCAAUUUCUACCUUCAUUUUGGCAAUAACUUUUUCUCUUUUUUUUUUCCACUGGGGGUUGAUCGUGCAAAUCUGGAGUCGCCACGACAACUCCAACUAACCCAGCAAAAUUGUCCCGCACUCCGAUGUGAUGUUGAUAGAAUUUUUUCGAUUCCCCCUUUUUUUUGUGCAUACGACAAUGCGAUCAUUGCCCACGUCAUCUUUAUAUAUAUAUUUUUUUUAAACUGUUUGCCGAAGUUGGUGAAAAGAAAACGUCUUGAAUCUUGCCACUAAGGCAUUGCAGUUAUGACACACAAAGUCGAUCUAAGAGCGUCUUCUUAUAGCGUUUAUUUUCCAAUCACGUUUCGUAGCUAGCGUACAUCAAUCGCCUGCUCAUCAUAUAGUAUAGUGUUUGACAGCUCUUCUUUCCGUAGUUGUUGCGGACUGAACCAUCAUAAUUUAUGUUUUCUCCUACUCGUUUUUCUUUUUUUCUUUCACAUUUUCAGUUCAGAAUGUUGAUUGAUUGAACUAGAGGCAGAUUGGCAAUCAGACAAGAAGUGCGAAAGCUUGAGUUUCCCAACCAAAUAUGUUUUAUCUCAAAGUUAAAACUUGUCAAAGACAGUAAUGCGGAAUAGGAGUACUUUCUUGAAGAUGGUUUCGUUGAAAAGAAAAGAUACUUGAAUAAUAAUAUCGAUUUUUUUUUCUAAAGUUUAUUUUUCAUAGUUAUAUAUUUCUCAUUCCUCCAAUAUUAUUUCACUUCCAAUUAAAGAAAGAAAAAAAGUUACGACUUCGUGCAAUAACUGAUUCUGCGUUUGAAACAUUUCAGAUUUGCCAUAGUACUUAAGAUGAAAAUUUAAAAAAUCUUAUUGAUAUUGAUAACCAACCGAUGGACUAUUUUGCUGUCGCAAAAGGAAGAGCUGUUAGGUUGCGAGUAAUCAUCGUACAUCAUCGACCGCUGCCCUUGUACGUUGUUGCAUGUCAAAUGCUAGUUUAUAUAGAUUUUCAUUGAUAUUAUCUUUGCCUUCGUUUUCUUUUUUAUUACUUCUGCACUCCACCCCUCUUUUGCCCUACUCCAGGCUACAGAACGAGCCAACUCUUCGUGUGUAUUUGUUUUGUCACGUGUCUUUUUGCAGCAAUGAAUUACACAUCUCUUGAACGAAA